CGUACGGCAGUUGGUUGGAAAAUGGCAUCUCCCGGCACGUUUCCGCGAGCGGGCGCGCGUAUAUUGCGUCAUAAAGGGAGGCUCGACUGCCAGAUUCCGAGUUUCUUUCUGGAAAGACGCCAGGUGGCUCUUCCAGACAACCAUCCGCAAAGCUUCUGUGUGUUCAGUCAGCCACGGAGGUGCGGCCGCGGGGUGGAGGGCCCAGAGGGAAGUAACCAACACCGACUCCCUCGCUCACGUCUCCAAUAGCGGACAUCCCGGAGUUCCUGAAUUCGUUUCCAGCCGUCCAGACAGAGGUCGUCUGUCAGAAUCUACAAGAACAAGACAUUUUAAGUGACAAAAGAACCAAGAGUUUCCUGGCUUGGGAGAUCGUUGUUUCUGGUAACAGUCUGAACUGAGAUAUCUGAGCACAGCUUCCGCAGAGGUCCAGAGAAGACAGAACACUCUCUAAAGUUACUAAUCUUUUCUUAAGAACAGAAGAAAAUGACCAAAGCCCAGGGAUCCUUAUCAUUUGAGGAUGUGGCUGUGGGCUUCACCUGGGAGGAGUGGCAGUUAUUGGACCCCUCUCAGAAGGACCUGUACAAGGACGUGAUGUUGGAGAACUACAACAACCUGGUGUCAGUAGGGUACCUAGCUACCAAACCAAAUUCAAUCUUCAAGUUGGAGCAAGGAGAACCACCAUGGAUACUGGAGGGAGCAAUCCACAGUCGGACCAGUCUAGAAAUUUGGGCGAUUGACCACAUGCAGUGUCACUCAGAAAACCAAAACGAGAAUAAAAGUUUGGAAAGAUGUCAGCAAAGUUAUGCACUUGCAAAUAAUUCCAAUUUAAGCAAAAUUCUUGUUCCUUUAACACAAAGAGGCAGUAUGGUUGACUCGCAUUAUAAAAGUUUGAAGCCUCCUUUAAGUUUUGUGGUCCAGAAUAGAAGAUAUACAGGAAAGGAAUCUGAUGAGUUUAGUGGUUACGGGAAAUUAUCUGUCCACAUGAAGCAUGAUAAAACUUUUUGUGGAAUUAAAUACCAUGGAUGUGGUGAACCCAGUAACAUCAAGCCACAGCCCAAUGACCAUCAUAAAACGUAUGUAGGAGAGAAAUUGCACGAAUGUAGUGAAUGUGGGAAGACUUUCCCCAGAAAGUCACAGCUCAUGGUACAUCAGAGAACUCAUACGGGAGGGAAACUGUAUAUGUGCAGUGAAUGUGGAAAAGCCUUCACUUGGAAGAGUCGGCUCAAGAGACAUCAGCAGUCUCAUACUGGAGAGAAACUCUAUGGAUGCAAUAAGUGCGGGAAAGCCUUUUCCCAGAAGGCAUACCUCAUCGCGCAUCAGAGACUCCACACAGGAGAGAAGCCUUAUGAAUGCAGUGAGUGUAGAAGAACCUUCUUUUUUAAGUCAGACCUGACCAAGCAUCAAAGAAUUCACACAGGAGAGAGACCUUAUGAAUGUAGUGAUUGUGAAAAAGCCUUUAGAAGCAAGUCUAAACUCAUUCAACAUCAGCGAACUCAUAACAGGGAGAGACUGAAUGGAUGUAGUGAAUGCGGCAAAACUUUUGCCCAUGUGUCAGUCCUCGUUAAACAUAAGGAAACACAUACAAGGGAGAAAGCGAUAAAAUCACUGAAGAUGGGAAAGCCUCCCUCAGGGAGUCCUUUCUACAUGAGUGAACUCAUACAGGAACAGAACCCUAUGAAUACCAUGCCUGUGGAAAUGUCUUCUCCAGGAACUGAGCCCUUAAAUUGCAGAGAGCCCAUAGGGGGUAGAAAUGUAGUGACUGUGGAACAGUCUUUUCCAAGAAGUCAGGCCUCGGUAGAUAAUUGGGAAACAUCAAAGGGAGUAAACGUUGUAAAUGCAGUGACUGUGACAGCACCUUCAGUAAUAAAUUAUGUUUUAUAUGUUGCAGAUGUUGUGUAGGAGCAAAAACCUUGGAUACCAGAAAUGUAGAAAGGCCUUUAGGAUGAAUCCCUUGCACUUUAUAUGUCAGAGGGCUUAAUUUAGGAUGGGAACUCUAUGGAUGUAGUGGCUGUGGAUAAGACUUCUGUGAGAAGUUAGACUUACUAAACAUCAGUGAGUCCAUAUUGGGUAGAAAUAUAGCUGUUUUGGGGGCCUUUGCCUGGAGGUAAGAUCUCAGUUAUUAUCAAAUAAUUCUCCCAGGUUGAAACCCUUAGGAAAGCAUGUGAUGGUGUUUGCAGUGAUAAAAUUUACCUCAUUGCAUAUCAUAGAAAAAGAAAAUCUACAAGCACUAAAUGUGGAAAACUUUUCGUGUAAUGUGGAAGAACUCAGAAAAGAGAAACGCCUGAAAACAAUAAAUGAUGGAAAUUUUACCACCAAUCUGGCUCUUAUAUCACAUUAUUAUACCUUCAGAAUCUGGAAAAGGCUUCUGCAAUUAAUGUAAUCUUUGCGGAAACCAGGAAUUACUUUAUGUAAUGAAAAACUAUGAAUAUAAUGAAUGUGGAAAUAUAACUGUAUUGGUUUCUUAUUUGCUGCUGUAACAAAUUACCAAGAGUUCGGUGGCUUAAAACAAUACAAACUUAUUAUGUCACAGUUAACAGAGGAAAGAAGUCCAAAAUGGGUCUCACUGGGCCAAAGUCUAAAGUUAUAGGCAUGACUGUAUUUCUUUUCAGAGGCAUUAGGAGAGAAUCACUUUCUUUACCAUUGCUAUCUUCUAGAGGCUGCCCACAUUCAUUGGCUAAUAUUAGGCCCCCUUCCAUCUUCAAAGUCAGCAAUGACCUAUUGAGUCUCUUCUCACUGUGACACUGACUCUGCCUCCCUCUUCCUCAUUUAGGGACUUUUGUGAUUACAUUGGGCCCAUAGGGAUAAUCUAGGAUAAUGUAUCUGUCUUCAGAUCUUCUGAUUAGCAGUCUCAACUUCAUCUGCUCCCUUAAGGCCCCUGCCAUGUAAUCGUUAUUUUCACAGUGUCUGGAGAUUAGGAUAUGAACAUCUUUGGGAGGCCACUAUUCUGUCUACCAGUCUGUCCUUGGACGUCCAGUGAUUCAUGUCCAUCCUACUUUCAAAAUAUAUUCACAUCCCUAAAACAUAUCUCAAUAUCCCUAAAAGUCUCAACCUGUUACAGCUUUAACUCAAAAUCCAAAAUCUCCUCUAAAUGCUAUAAAUUCGAAAGUCACAAAUCUCUUCAUCCAAGUCAUCUCAGGUUUGUAUGAAACUUUGGGUAUUGAUUUAUCUUGAGGCCCAAUUCCUUUCCAUAUGUGAGCCUGUGAAACUUGAGAAAUAAAUUAUAUGGUCCCACAACAGUUAAUUCCACUUGCUACCUUAAUUCCUCUUUGCCAUAUAAUGUAAAAUAUUCACAAGUAUGGGGAUUGGGACAUGGACAUUGUUGGGAGGCUGUAUUCCACUUAAAACAACAAUUUCAGUGGGUUUCAGAGAAUUCACAUUGUGAUAAAUCCCUACCUAAUUAUUAAGUAAACUUGGAAAGGCAUGUUCCCAGAAAAAUAAUGAUCUACAGUAACUAUGAUCCCAAUACAUUAACACUGUUUGCUAUAAUCAGUGAAUCUUACACUGUCAUUGUUAGAUAUGGAAUCUUUUUGAAAUUAUCAGCACUGGACAAGAAUUAUUGUAAGACUCUUAAAGGAACCUGAGAUUUAUGUUGCUGAAAUUGUUGCAAACAAAUUCAUUCUGGAAUUGCAUAAAUUCCUAAUUUCCUAAUAAAACCAUAAUUCUGAGUAUGGAAUGAAUAUGCCAUAAGGCACCUAAAUACGGGGCAGUAUUUUUCACAGCCAUUUCCAAACUCUUUUUUUUCUUUAAUAAUAAGCUUUUUUUAAAAAAGAAAAAAUUUAUUGUGCUUUAAGUGAAAGUUUACAAAUCCAAGUCAGUCUCUCACACAAAAACUUAUAUAUACCUUGCUACAUACUCCCAAUUGCUCUACCCCUAAUGAGACAGCCCGCUCCUUCCCUCCACUCUCUCUUUUCAUGUCCAUUUCACCAGCUUCUAACCCCCUCUACCCUCUCAUCUCCCCUCCAGGCAGGAGAUGCCAACAUAGUCUCAAGUGUUCACCUAACAGUAAGCUUUUAACCUGUAUACUUUCUCAUUCUAAACAACUGAAAAAGUUGACAAAGUAUGAUAGUCAACUUUUCAGAUGUUGGGCAAUUAGGAUCUCAGGAUAGCAACCAGCCCCUGAGAAAGAAUAAAUGAGUGAGCUUUAUGAUUUCCCCAGGUUAUUGCCAGGAGUGAGUUUCUGGGCUUCAGCAUAGGGAAGGGGAACCCAGACAUACCCCAUCAGUCUCCCUGAGUUGAGACAGAGUUCUAUGAGGCAAUGAUGGCUCAAAUGCUUGGGGCAGAAAACUAUCAGAAGUGUGAGAUGUACCCAGGAAGCAAGAGAGCAAGUUCCAGAGGACUAUAGAGUAUAUGGAGCCCUGGUGGCACAGUGGUUAAGAGCUAUGGCUGCUAACCAAAAGGUUGGUAGUUCAAAUCUACCAGCUACUCCUUGGAAACCCUGUGGGGCAGUUGUGCUCUGUCCUGAAGGGUCGGUAUGAGUUGUAAUUGACUUGAUGGCCACAGGUUUGGUUUUAAAAUUUAUUUUUUAUAGUUUCCUCGCAAGUCUACGUAAGUUGUAAUCAACACAUAUUUGUGAUGAAACUACCAGGCUGGGGAAAAAACCCCAUAGAGUUUACAAGGAGCGCCUGGUGGAUUUGAACUGCUGACAUUUUGGUUAGUAGCCGUAGCACUUAACCACUACACCACCAGCGUUUCCAUUGCCACGGUGGUUGGGUCAAAUCAGGUUUAGGCUAAAGGCUGCCCAGGACCCACCUAACAAAGCAUGAAUGCAAGCCUCUAAGGGUUCAAACUGUUCCCAAGAAAUUUAAGUUCUUCCUAAAACAAAGCCCAAUAAUAUUUAAAGAAAUAAAAAUCAAUCCAGCACCGAGUAAUAUAAAAAAUACAUAGUGUCUGGCAUCCACUCAAAACUUACCCAGGCAUACAAAGAGGCAGCAAAAUAUGACCCAUAACAUGAAGAAAAGUUAAUAGGAAGAGACCCAGCAAUGACACACAAUAACAUUAGUAGACAAGGGUGUUCAAACAGCUAUUAUAUUCCAUAUGUUCAAGACGGUAAAGUAUGAGCUUGAUAUAGUGAGACAUGAAAGAUAUAAAAAGCCCUGGUCAGCUUUUAGACAUGAAAAAUACAGUGGACAGAUUAUAACAGAUUAGACAGCACAGAAGAAAUGGUCAGUGAACUUGAAGACACUAGUAGAAGGUAUCCAAAAUGAAACAAAGGGAGAAAAAAGAUGGGGGAAAAAUGAGCAGUGCUUCAAUGAGCUGUGGAACAAUAUCAAGCAAUCUAACAUAAAUGUAAUUGCAGUCCUAGAAGGAGAGGAUUGAAAUGAUGGGACAGAAAAAAACAGUGGCUGAAGCUGUUUCAAAUUUGAUGUAAACUAUAAACACACGAAUCCAAGGAAGACAGACCCCCAAGUAGAAGAAAACCACCCAAGGCACAUCAAAAUCUAACUCUUGAAAGUGAUAAAAGACAACCUUAAAAGCAGUACGAGAAGUGACAUAUUGUGGGAUAAUAAAUUUAACUUUACCCAGAGAAUUUGGUCUGUGUCCUCAGUUCCUGAGAGAUAACCUGCAAAACAGUGGGAUUUCCACAGCGAUUGAAGUGUCUUUGAUGAAGCCUUCACACCAUACUUGAGGGCUUAUGCUGAUGAGGUGGCUCACGUGGGGGCUUGCCAGGGCAGAAAUACCACUGCAUGAUAUCAUUUAACUUUGUGAGUAGGGGUGGGGGAAUGGUUCAGUCAAUCAUGUCUACAAAAUAAUUCCCCAGUAAAGGCUCUGGACCAGGAGCUCUGUGGAUUUUUUGGUUUAUGAUAGACAUCAGUGCACUUGUGAGGGUGACAUGCAAGCCUUGCAUUGGUAACCUUCCCCAGACAUUGCCCUAUGCGUCUCUAUGUUUGUAUCUUUUUUUUUUUUUUUUGCUCUAAUAAAAGUUACAAUAGCAAGUAUGUGCUUUUUUAAAUUCUAGCAAAUUAUCAAAGCCAGUAGGUCAGAAGUGAGGGGGAUUCCUGAGCUUAGGGCUGGCAUCCUGAAGAGUACAGGGGUGUCUUAGUCAUUUAGUGCUGCUAUAACAGAAAUACCACAAGUGAAUGGCUUUAACAAAGAGAAGUUUAUUCUCUCACAGUCCAGUAGGCUAGAAGUCUGAAUUCAGGGCAUCAGCUCCAGGGGAAGGCCUUCUCUCUCUGUCAGCUCUAGAGGAAGGUCCUUGUUAUUCAUCAGUCUUCCCUUGAGCUGGGAGCAUCUCAACGCAGGAACCUCAGGUCCAAAGGAUGCGCUCUGCUCCUGGCAUUGCUGUCUUGGUGAUAUGAGGUUCCCAUCUCUCUGCUUGCUUCCAUUUCCCACAUCCCAGGGAAACAGCCUUUAUGGUGGAUCAGGGGUGUGGCCUGAGCAAGGGUGUUACAUCCCACUCUAAUCCUCUUUAACCACAGGCAGAGAUUGUGAUUUGUAACACAUAGGGGAACAACAAAAUGGAGGACAACACAAGUGGCCUAGCUAAUUUGACGCAUAUUUUGGGGGGGCACAAUCCAUUACAAGCGGAAACUCUAGAUAGUAGGCAGCAGGUCAGAAGCGUGGGUGUCAUAGGUACUCCCAGGCUUGCAGAUGGCAUCUGAAGUCUUGGACACACUUGGGCAUCUGGAGGGCCUGCCCUUUAAGAUUCGAGAUCUGACCUAGCUUCUGUGGUUAGGGUCGGGAAGAGGCCCAUGUGCAGCUGGUGUCAGAACAGAAGUGGAGCAGAGGGGAGGAGAAGUCAUGAUGAAUUGGUCUGAUUGAUCCUUACAGUUCAGUGUUAGAGAAGUCGGGAUUUUGAGAUUGACUCACAGAACAAAGAGUAGAACACAGCAGAGUUCUGGUCAGAAGCAAAGUAAGCCAGAAGGCAGCGCAGUGAAGUUUUUAAAAUGAAAACAAAAAGCUGUUGGAACACUUGCUUACUUUGUAUUGUGGGUGCAUGCACUGAGGUGAUAAAAAUAUCUGACCUAUCUUUUUUUUUUUCAAUUCUUGAACAAUCCAGAUAUUUUCAUUGAGAUUUUGGCAAUGUCUAUGUGAUACUUAAAGAUCUUAGGUUAUUUACACACUUUACAAACACUGAGUGUUAGUUCUAUCCUACAGCACAGGACAACCAAAAAGCUGGAAUGCAAGUUCCUAAAUGUAAGCACUGGGUUAUAAGAGCCUGGAUGUAAGAAUUACAACAGAAACUUCACGAGGACAGAGAUCUUGUUUGUUUCCUCCUCUGCUGCAUCCACGUUGUGUAGAAUGGGGCCUAGCACAGUGUAGAUACCACGCCUUGUGUUAGUGAGUUGACUGAGCCUAACCUAAAAGAGCAUCUCUGCGGGGUGUAAACAGUUACUCUACUAGUUGUGAGGCUGGCAGUUUGAAUCCACCCAGAGGCACUGUGAUCUGUUUCCACAAAGUUACAUCCUUGAAAACCCUGUGGAGCAGUUCUCCUCUGCACACACCUGUGGUUGCCAUGAGUUGGAUUCAACUUGACGGCAACUAACAACAACACAGCAACCUAAAAGAGCAAUCGAGAAUGAAAUAAAAAUAUGUGGUAAUCUAUUUAGCAUAUUGGGGUUCUUUAAGAUUCCGUUCUUGCUGCAGAGUAAGUUGAGGGACACAGGAUGAGUGUUCAGAACAGUAAUAAAUGGUGUCAGUCAUGAUUCAUCCUACCAUCCAUGAAUGAGAACUACAUUUUUACUCUUUUUUAUUUCAGCCUCUGGCUUUGAAAAAAAAAAAAUGAGGGGAGAUCAUUUCAGAGAAGGCAGGCAAUUUCUUAGCUAAAUGUAAAUAUAAAGCUUGGAGUAUAAGAUAAACCAAUAUUAUAAUCCAUGAAGCACUUUACCUUUUGUGAAAGUUUGAGGCACUUCGGCACUAAGAGUGACACUGUACCUUAAUAGAUGCAUGGGCACAGAAAUGUAUAAUCUUACAGCAGCUGAGAUCUACACACCAAUUUUUCAGGUUGUGUCAACUAAGAAUUAGAAUGAAGGAAGAUGGCAAGCUCUCUAAGUGGAGAAAUUUUAAAAACAUGAGAUAGGUGGAAAGUUUUUAUGAUAGAAAACUACAUAGGUAUUGAAAGUGAGAACAUUGGCGGUAUUGGAAGCCUCAUUGGUGAGAGUUUGCACACAUACAGUACCACUUCGGUUUACACAGACCCGUGGGAAGGAUAGUUGAAAGAUAAGAACGCUACUAAAAACUCUUGGAAUUUCCUAUGAAGCAAAAAGUCCAAUACAUAUUAUCUCUGCAUUGAGUUAAUUAAUUAUAUACAUUAAGCACUUACGUGUACCGUAACUCUUCUAGGUCCCAGGAAUAAAGCAGUUAACUAAAGUUAUCCAAAAAGUCCCCACCCCUGACAGUAUUUAGCUAGAUCAUAUUUAAGUGUAAGAUUUUUACAUUUCAGCCAAUGGGGACGGUGUUAGAGCAUGCAAACCUUUUUAUUAGUUGAAUCAGGCGUAAAUAUUAGGGUGAAGGCUCUUAUUAGCAUUAGGGUGGAGAGAAAGAUAUGAUCUAAAAUUCUCUGAUUUUCCGUUCAAAUAAUAGUAUGAUGGAAAGGAGAAUUUAAAGUACUUUUCUAAAAAUUGCUUGAGUAACCUAUGUUACAAAUGCUACCUCAUUUGUACAUUGUGUGGCUUUAUUUUUUGAUGGGCCCAUCUUAGUACCUGCAGUCUAAAUUCCUUGGUGUUUUAUAUACUUAAAUUGUUCCCUAGCACAUAGCAAAGUGUUUGCCCUAAUGAAGCUUACUCUUAUGCAUAGCGGAAGAAAUAAGAAGUAAACAAACAGUUAUACGGAGAAUUAAUGUCAGCUAAGGAGUCCUGGUGGCGCAAUGAUUAAGCGAUCAUCUGUUAAACAAAAUGUUGGAGGUUCAAACCCACCAGCCACUGCAGGGGAGAAGAGACCUGGCAAUCUGCUCCUGUAAAGAUUGCAGCCUAGGAAGCCAUGUCUACUCUGUCCAAUAGUGUCGCUAUGAGUUGCAGUCAACUCCAUGGCCCACAACAACAAGAAGCCCUGGCGGAGCAAACAGUUAAGUGCUUGGCUGCUAAUUGAAAGGUGAGUGGUUCGAACCCACUCAGAGGCUCUGCAGUAGAAAGACCUGGCAGUCUGCUUCUGUAAAGAUUACAGCCAAGAAAACCCUAAGGGGUAGUUCUGCUCUGUCAUGUGGAGUCGCUGUGAGUCAAAAACAACUCACUAGCACCCAACAACAACAGUGAUAAGGGCAGUAAAGAAAAACAAGUAUGGUAAGGAUAGAGAAAGGUAGGGGUUGCUCUUUUAGAGUGUCCAGGGAAGACCUUAGAACUUCAGUGAAGAGAGGGAGCCAUCUAUGAUGACAGCUGGAGGGUAAGAACAUAUUGCAGAACUCUCUUUUCCAAAUAAGGAGCCCUGGUGGCACUGUGAUUAAGAGCUUGGCUGCUAGCUGAAAGGCUGGCGGUUUGAACCCACCAGUCACUCAACGAGAAAGAUGUGGCAGUCUGCUUCUGUCAAGAUUACAGCCUUGGAAACCCUAUGGGGCAGCUCUCUGUCCUAUAGGGUCACAUUUGAGUCGGAAUCAACUUGACAGCAAUGGGUACAGGUUGUCAGGGUAUACUCUGGACUCCCUGUGUCAGGAUAACAUGAAACAUGUUAAAAAUCCACAUUUCAUGGCUGAAUACGACUUAACCAAAUCAGAAUUGUGAUUAUGUGGGAUCUUGGACUCUGCAUUUACAACAAGCCCUGUACCCCCCCAGGAGAUUUGAUCUGAGUAAAUAUGUCCUGCCUCAACUCUGCAUCCCCCACUUCAACAGCAUGGUGUUAGCGCUGAUGCACUCCACUGCAGAGAGAGAAUGAUGCCCUACCUCCUUUCCCUUCUCCCCUCCCAGCUGCAACCCAGUUCUCAGAUUCCGCUCCUUUCCUUGCCAUAUAAGAGGCCACAUUUCCUGCUAUACCUUUAACAAGUCCUCUUAUAUUCCCUAUAAAGGUGGAUCAGGAACCCAGAAUGGGCUCCCCAGUCCUGCCCUGAGGUCCAGGGAACGAUGCCUAAGGCACCCAUCAAUUCUGGACACCCUGAUGAAGUAAAUGCAGCACGUGGCUAAGCCUGCCUCACAGGCCCCUGUUACCAUCCACCGUGUCUUCAUGGUCCCAAUAAAGAUCACUCUUCACCUGUUCCUCUGCCCCUUUUUCAGAGCUGAGAGACAGUAGAGCCCAGCUGUUAAGAGUAUGAGUCCUGUAUUACACCGUCUUUGAGUCCUGCCACUUCCCUUACAUGCUAGGUAGCCUUGGGCAAUGUGCUUACUCUCCCUGGGCCUCAAUAUUCCUAUCUAUAAAUCGGGGGUAAUAAGGAGCCCUGUUGGCACAAUGGUUAAACACUCAGUUGCUAACCAAGACUUUGGCAGUUGGACCCACCCAGUGGCUCCAUGGGAGAAAGACCUGGCAAUCAGCUCCUGUAAAAAUUACAGCCAAGAAAACCCUACGGGGCAGUUCCACUCAGUCACAUGAGGUCGCUCUGAGUCAAAAAUAGACUCGAUGGCACCUAACAACAACAGUACUUACCUCAUAGG